GUGCCAGGUGCUGGAGAGGGUGGAGACACCCUCCAGCCCUGGGAUCAGAAAGAAAGGUUGUGACCUUUGGCCAUUCUGAGAGGAAACCGCUAGAAAGGAGAGAGGAAUCCCAGAGUGGUAUCCAGAGGCCAAGGGACUCCAACAUUUCUUUUCUAAGAUUUUAUUUAUUUAUUUGGGGGAGGCAGAGAGCGAGCAAGUGGGGGUAGGAGGUACAGAGGCAGAGGGAGGAGCAGAGUCUCCCCUGAGCAGUGAGCCUCACCUGGGGCUCCAUCUCAGGACCCUGAGAUCAUGGCCUGAGCUGAAGGCAGACGCUUCACAGACUGAGUCUCCCAGGCACCCCUGGAACAGGAAGUCUCUAAGAGGAAGUGGGCCCCAGUGUCAGAUGCAAACAUUUCCACUGGUCUGGGGAACCAAGGCUUUGGGGUUGUUAAUGUUGACAGUAGUUUCAGUGACGCUGGCUAAGUCAAGGUGUAAUAGGCAGCCUUAGCUGUAGAUGCUGCUGCGUUCACUUGGCUAUGAAGAGAAAAUGAGGUUUUACAAAAGAGGAGAACCAUUCUACUUUAGAUUUUUUCCAGUUUUUUCUAUAAAUCAGAACAUUUCAAAAUGGAAGCCUAAAACCUUAAAAGGGACUUAGUCUAAUCUCCGGGAGGUAGUUUUGUGCAUGAAUAAACAAAUUCCAUAGUGAACUGGCGUUUGUGGUAUCCAAAGAAUGUUAAUUUAAAAGGCACGACCUAGUGAUAUGAGUUGUGUCAAGGAAGUGAUAAUGAUGUUAAAUUCUGAAUUUGACUUAUGGACUUAAAGGGGAAGUGGUUCUAGCUGGAACAUACUGUUGAAGCAUGGGCUGCAGUGCAGAAUAGAAAUAAGGAACUCAUGUUUAGUAAAGAUCUAAAAAUAGUGGCAGUUAUCCAGAACAAAGAGAAUAUUCACCCCUCCGCUAAAGUAGAGAAACAUGCUGGUGAGGCAGCUGAUGGGUUGGAAGCCUUCCACAGUGACAAGACAUCGUGGUAUGACAUGUGUAGAGAGACAGUGACACCUUAGCAUGGUUGAUUGGUAAAGGAGUUAUCCAGCCAUGUAUGUGAAUGUCCAUAUGUGAGAAAUCCCAAACUCCAUUUGUUCAAAUGCGGUGUGAUCUCUGAGAAGGGUAACAGUGAGAAUGAUGGCGAGGUGGUUAGGUUUUGGGAAAUGAACAGAGUUAGCAGAGACAAGGUGCACAGAGACAGUGACUAGCACCAGAAAGGUUUUUGUAGCAAAGAGAAGCAAAGCAAAGUGAGACAUAGUAGCUUAGCUUUGAGGGAAAUCAUAGCUGGGAUGGAGACGCGUUUCUCAUGCCACCUGGAAAUACAGCAUUGAAAGUUUGGAGUAGAGGGCCCAGUGUUGGUGGAUCUGACAUGGAUCCCCGCGAGGGAACUCACCACGACUUGUUUGUCGGUCGUUGCUAAUAUUACAAAUAGCUAGUCAUAACAGAGGUUUCUGAACUUUUAGAAGGUUUCUGUCAAAAAGAGUAGACAGUGACAAAGUAAAUUUAUUGUUAUUUUUUUGUUAUGAUAAAUUCUGGUUCACGGUAUGCUGUCUGUAAAAUUAUUUCUGACUAAAGCCAAAUUUGUAUGAUUUGAUUAUCCAUCUUAGCCUACAAAUUCAGCACUCUGAAUCUUGAUUCUUUUAAAAAAAUAAAUCCAUCAUCAGAAUAGAAGAUUUAGUCUUGUCUCUCAGCACAAAGCUGUGCCCCCAAAAGACCAUCUGAGCAAAUGCAUUCAUCUCUGAUAAUUUAUUUGGAAUAGAGUGCUCGCUUCGGCAGCACAUAUACUAAAAUAUAUUUGGAAUAGAAUGUUUAAUUUGCUAAGUUCUAGUGCAAUCACUGAGUUAGCAACCAAGCUCCGGACUGUGGAAAGUAAUUAUUAUUUAGUAAAUUUUUAAGCAGGCCUUAAGAUGCAUCAGCCAAUUCUGUUCCUUUUUAGGCUAGAUUAGUUAGUUUCUAGAUUGUUUGUUGUUUGUUUUCCCCCAUUAAAAUUAUUGUAGGAAAAAAAAUUACUUGAGCAAGAUUUGACAUAUACUGUAUUUCAUUGCAUCUAAGAUGUCAUUGAUUAUAAGACAUACCAUUACUUUAUAUACUUCUUGGAAAUAAAAAUGCUGCUAAUUAAAAUGCUAUAUGCUAUUAGUUGUAAGAUGACAGAGAUAUUUAAAAAGUGCAUCCUAGAAUCAGGGAAAUACGGUAGUGCAUUCUUCUUUUGAGGUAGGUGUUAGGCUUUUUCUCUUUUUCUGGCUGCGAAAUUUCAUAAGCAAAACAUAGUUAGAAUUUUUUUUUCUGUAGAGGACUUUCAGAGCAUAACUUUCCACCGUGAAGACAAGCAAGCUGCCUAAGCCCCAUGUUUUAUCUGCAGACUGGUCGAACGCGUCCAUGAGAGCGCUGGCCACCGGGGGGGACGCAGAUGCUGAGGGCCACCUGCUGACCUACAGGGCUCCAUGCCCCUGUGAAGGGUUUUGAUUGUCUUUGAGGUGCUGUAUUGUCAUGCUUGAGCUGCUGUAUGAAGACGGUGCAAAGGUGUGGUUGUACGUAAUUGUCAGUGUAGAACCAGCAUCUCACCACGCCGAAGCCCUUGCGUGCACAGGCACGGGUCAAUAGGUUUCCUGGUCUGGGGUCCCACUUAGUGUGAAAACCAACCCAAAUCUAGAGCCGUGCACAAAACUACCUCCCCCGAGAAAGGCUAGUCCCUUUCCUUCCCUGUCCACCUCACUAUGAACAUAGUACAAAAUAGCAUAUUCUUGUCAAAUCUGCUGAGAAGCAGCCCUGUGUUCGAACUGAAGUACGACCACUCAUGUGAACUGUACCGCAUGUCCACAUACUCGACAUUCCCCGCGGGCGUCCCCGUGUCCGAGAGGAGCCUGGCCCGUGCCGGCUUCUACUACACGGGUGCCAAGGACAGGGUCCGGUGCUUCUGCUGUGGCCUGAUGCUAGACAACUGGAAGGCUGGGGACAACCCCACGGGCAAGCACAGAAACCUGUACCCGAGCUGCAGCUUUAUCCAGAAUCUCAGUGCUGUCAGCACUGUGGGGGCUGCCUCUCAGCCCCCUGCCCCUUCAUCGGAGGCCAGGUCCAUACAUGCACAAUCCCCUGGCCUGGAGCGCAGCAGCUAUUUCAGCGCAUCCUACUCCAGCUUCCCUGUGGACCCUGUCGACUUCAGACCCAGUCCAGCCAUGUCCCCCUGGAGGGCAGGCCCCUCCUGCGUCACCAUGAAGAGCGAGGAAGAGAGACUGUGCACCUUCCAGGGCUGGCCCCUGGCCUUCCCACUGCCAUCGGCCCUGGCCAGAGCCGGCUUUUACUAUGUGGGGCCUGGGGACAGGGUGGCCUGCUUUGCCUGUGGUGGGAAGCUCAGCAACUGGGAGCCGGAUGAUGAUGCUUUGUCGGAACACCUGAGACACUUCCCCGACUGCCCAUUUGUGGAAGGUCAGCUUCAAGCCACUGUGAGAUAUACAGCCUCCAACUUGAGCAUGCAAACCCUCGCGGCCCGCUCCAGAACCUUCUGUAACUGGCCACCCCGAGCUCCUGUUCACCCUGAGCAGCUUGCUAGUGCUGGUUUUUAUUACAUGGGUCACAGUGAUGAUGUCAAGUGCUUCUGCUGUGACGGUGGACUGCGGUGUUGGGAGUCUGGAGACGACCCGUGGGUGGAGCACGCCAAGUGGUUUCCCAGGUGUGAGUACUUGAUACGCAUCAAAGGACAAGAGUUCAUCAGUCAGAUUCAAGCCAGUUACCCUCAUCUACUUGAACAAUUGUUAUCUACCUCAGACAACACAGAGGAUGAAAAUACUGAGUCACCAAUUGUCCAUUUUGGACCUGGAGAAUACCAUUCAGAGGAUGCAGUCAUGAUGAACACCCCGGUGGUGAUGGCCGCCUUGGAGAUGGGCUUCAGUAGGAGCCUGGUGAGGCAGACUGUGCAGAGUAAGAUCCUGAGCACUGGAGAGAAUUACAGAACGGUUAAUGAGAUCGUGUCUGACCUACUCCACGUGGAAGAUGAAAUAAGGGAGGAGGAGAAAGAAAGAGCAGCUGAGAACAGAGAAUCAGAUGAUGUAUCAUUAAUCCGGAAGAACAAAAUGGUGCUUUUCCAACAUUUGACUUACGUGCUCCCAAUCCUGGACAGUCUCCUAAUGGCCGGGGUGCUUAAUGAGCAAGAACACAGUUCUAUUAAACAGAAGGCACGAACAUCUUUACAAGCAAGAGAGCUGAUCGAUACCGUGUUAGUAAAGGGAAGUUCUGCAGUCACCAUAUUUAAAAACUCUCUGCAAGAAAUUGACCCCAUGUUAUACAAGCGUUUCUUUGUACAACAGGAUAGAAAGUAUAUUCCCACGGAAGACAUCUCAGAUUUGCCAGUGGAAGAGCAAUUGAGGAGACUACAAGAAGAAAGAACGUGUAAAGUGUGCAUGGACAAAGAAGUGUCCAUUGUGUUCAUUCCUUGUGGUCACCUGGUGGUGUGCAGAGACUGUGCCCCGUCCCUAAGAAAAUGUCCUAUUUGUAGAGGCACAGUCAGGGGCACAGUUCGUACAUUUCUUUCCUGAAAAGACCCAAGACUUUGUCUAAUUUAGAAAGAGUGGAUUAAAUGUAUUAUAAUUUUGACCUCUGGAAUGGUUGGUUUCCUUAAGAUUUUUAAAUCUAUUUUGCAACUCAGAACUGUUUUAUAUAAAUAUAUAGCUAAAACAUGUGAGCCAUAUGUAUGUUAGAAUGAUAGGCUUUUGUUCACGUGGAAAAAGACAGAGCACUACAAGCAUGCUACUGAAUCAGAAUUUCAACACUACUGAAAUCGUAAGUGAAGUUUAAAUUUUUGAAUUAAGCUUUCAGAAUUUUAAAUAUUUUGGAGUCCUAUGAAGAAACAGAUUAUUUGCCUUUCUUGAUCAGUGUCCUAUAUGUAGUAGGUCUUGAUAUUUGUUGGAUGACUUUUUAGGGACUUGGUGGUUUUGCAAAGAAUUCUGUGAAGAACAUUUUAAUAAAGCCAUCACAAUUA